UUGCUUUGCUGCAUUUCCUCUCUGACGGCGUUCCAGCGACGCGAGACGAAAAUCAACACGCCUGACAUUCGACUCCGGAUUCUGGCUUUUUCUAUUGACAUAUUCCAGUUGACUGCAACAAUAAUCGCAGUUCUUCUUUUUCCAUAACAGUGAAGUUAUAAUCCCAUAAUGGGUGACAUCAAGGCAUUUCUGCAUCAAUGGUGUGCCAAGAAUUCAACGGAGCCGUCAUUCGAAGUCAGGCCCACUGGACCCAAACAUCGUCAGCGUUUCCUCUGUGAGCUACGCGUAAAUGGCUAUGAUUAUGUUGCCGUUGGUAAUUCCACGAAUAAGAAAGAUGCCCAAGGAAACGCUUCCCGGGAUUUUGUCAAUUACCUAGUGCGUAUAGGAAAGGUCAAUGCCAAAGAUGUGCCAGCUGACUUACCUGCAGCUGGAGGAGCAGGAUCAGGAGAAGGAUUAAUUGGUGGUGCCAUUAAUAUUAACACCCCAAGCAGACCAGUAUUUAGAGAUGGCAUGACUCCAAAUGAUUUUGGUCAAGCCUACAGACCGUACAAUGAGAGAGGAGAAAAAGACUACACAUAUAUCGAUAGAUUGGCUGAUCAGAAGAGGGUUGAAGAAGCAGAAGAUGUAGACGUCAAUGCUAGCAUUCACGGAAAUUGGACCAUUGAAAAUGCUAAAUCUAAGCUUCACCAAUUUAUGCAAAUUAAUAAGCUUAAUUCUGAUUAUAAAUAUACACCAGUGGGACCAGAUCAUACCAGAUAUAUGAACUAUGUGCUCCAAUUUGGUCUUGGUUAAUUUGGAAACUUGGAGUUUCAUGGCUGAAAUGAGUUUCUAUGUUAAACAGCUUAAUAGAACUAUUACUGGAAGAGAGACUGGAUCCAAUAAGCAGACAGCAUCCAAAAGCUGUGCUUUAUCAAUAGUGAGGCAGUUGUUUCACUUGGGUGUUAUUGAAGCAUUCACUGGAACCUUGAAGACUAAAAAAGAAGGAGAUCAAAUGAAACCUUACACAGUGAAGAUUUCUUCUGAUGUUAUAAAUGAGUUGAAAUCUCUUUUGGAUGCUUUGGAGAUCUCUCCAAUCAAUGUGCACGAGCCACCAUAUCCCAGGCCAGAUGCACAAGGCACCUCAGAAGGUGGAAGUCAGGCAAUCAAUCUAAUUACAGACCAUGUUCUAGAAGAUUUUAUCUCUUCCAAACCUCAACCAGCGGGCGUUGUGAGCUGGUCUCCGCCUCAGCAGAACUGGAAUCCCUGGACCGGCUGCAACAUUGACGAAGGCCCAUUGGCGUCAAUGCCGCUUGAUCAGCUAUCUGAUGAUAUCAUGAAGGAGGCUCGCGACCGCAUGCAACAGUCAAACGAGCUGCAGAUGAGCAAUGUGAACCGAGCUAAGCUGCCGGUAUUCGCUAAGAAGCACGAAAUCAUGGACGCUAUUAAUGAGAAUCCUGUCAUCAUUAUCCGUGGUAACACUGGUUGCGGUAAAACCACUCAAGUUUGUCAGUUCAUCCUCGACGACUAUAUCUCCACGGGACAGGGUGCCUACUGCUCCAUAGCUGUGACGCAACCUAGGAGGAUUUCCGCUGUUUCGGUGGCUGAUCGUAUCGCAGUUGAGAGGUGCGAACCCCUAGGACAGAGCGUUGGGUACUCCGUUCGUUUCGAAUCCUGUCUACCUAGGCCCUAUGCCAGCAUCAUGUUCUGCACCGUUGGCGUAUUGCUUAGGAAAUUAGAGGGAGGCUUAAGAGGUGUAUCUCACGUAAUUGUCGACGAAAUUCACGAGCGCGACGUGAACUCUGACUUCAUCAUGGUCGUGCUCAGAGACAUGAUUCACAUGUAUCCUGAUCUCAGAAUCAUUCUUAUGUCAGCUACGAUCGACACUUCUCUCUUCAGCAAGUACUUUGGCGACUGCCCUGUAAUUGAAAUUCCGGGUAGAGCUUAUCCAGUCCAGCAAUACUUCCUUGAGGACUGUAUAGAAAUGACCAAGUUUGUACCCGUGUUAGAGUCGAAAAAGCGCAAGUCUCGCAGCAACGAUAAUGACGACUUGCCUACCGAUGAAGUAGAGGAAAAUCUUAAUAAGAAUGUCGGCGGUAAUUAUAGCGUUCAAACCAAGAACGCUAUGGAACAGCUGACCGAAAAGGAAAUCAGCUUUGAGCUCAUUGAGAGCCUGCUUCGUUACAUCAAGGACCAGAAUAUUCCAGGUGCCGUUCUAAUCUUUCUGCCUGGCUGGAAUUUAAUCUUUGCUCUUAUGAAGCACCUCCAGCAGCAUCCGCUCUUCGGUGGUGUUGAUUACGUUAUCAUUCCACUACACUCGCAGCUGCCUCGUGAAGAUCAACGCAAAGUCUUCGAUCCUGUACCUCCAGGCAAGACAAAGAUUAUUCUGACAACAAACAUUGCAGAAACAUCCAUUACUAUCGAUGACGUUGUUUACGUGAUUGAUUCAUGCAAGGCCAAAAUGAAGCUCUUUACCUCUCAUAACAAUAUGACGAACUACGCAACUGUCUGGGCUAGCAAGACCAACUUAGAGCAGAGAAAAGGUCGCGCUGGUCGUGUGCGCCCUGGUUUCUGCUUCCAUCUUUGCUCAAAGGCCAGGUAUGAAAGGAUGGACGAACAUAUGACUCCUGAAAUGUUCCGUACUCCGCUGCAUGAAUUGGCUCUCAGCAUCAAGCUGCUGAGACUGGGAAGCAUCGGACAGUUCUUGUCCAAAGCUAUUGAACCACCGCCUAUCGAUGCUGUCAUCGAAGCCGAGGUCAUGUUGAGAGAAAUGAAAUGUUUGGACAAAAACGACGAGCUAACACCUCUUGGUAAGAUCUUAGCUAGACUGCCGAUCGAACCACGUCUUGGUAAGAUGAUGAUCCUCGGCUGCAUGUUCCGCGUGGGCGACGCUCUUUCAACUAUGGCAGCCAACAGCUCAACUUUCCCGGAGGUUUAUAACAUGGGACCAGAAAUGCGUCGUUUGACACCUCAACAAAGAGCUUUCGCUGGCGCUCGUUACAGUGAUCACGUUGCAAUGUUACACGUGUUCCAGUGCUGGGAGGAGGCCAGGACCGGAGGAGAGUACGCUGAAAACGCUUUCUGUGACUCGAAAAACGUCAGUCUACCUACCCUUCGUGUCACUUGGGAAGCAAAGCAUCAAUUGCAAGCCCUUCUAAUAAGUGCUGGAUUCCCAGAGGAAACUUUGUGUCCAACACCUCUCAAUUAUCAGGCUGGUGCUGACCCACGACUUGAUACUAUUACAGCUUUACUUUGCAUGGGUCUCUAUCCCAAUGUGUGUUACCACAAAGAAAAAAGGAAAGUUUUGACCACCGAAUCUAAGGCUGCCCUCAUCCAUAAGACUUCUGUUAACUGCAGCAACUUUGAACAAAAUUUCCCAUACCCCUUCUUUGUUUUUGGCGAAAAGAUUCGUACAAGAGCAGUAUCUUGUAAACAAAUGACGAUGGUAUCUCCCCUUCAUUUACUGCUCUUUGGUUCUCGCAAGGUGGAAUACGUAGAUAAUUUAAUUAAACUAGACAAUUGGAUCAAUCUGGAUAUGGAUCCGGAGCAUGCAGCGGCUAUUGUUGCGCUUAGACCAGCUUUAGAGAGUUUGGUAGUUAAAGCAGCCAAAGAUCCGGAAACUAUUCUGGAACUCACUCCUUUGGACGAUAAGAUUGUAAGUCUCGUGCGAACGUUGUGUGGCAUGAAUACAUGCCGUCACGAGAUGGAACCUAUCACCGGUGGUGGUUUCGCAAGCAGACGUCCACCUCGAGGACACAUGACCGGCAUGGGUCCCAACCGAAACUUUAACAAUGACGUAGGUCCACCACCCAAGCUAAUGGCCAUGGAUUCUGGAUACCGAGGCGGCAAUGAUGGCGAUGGCUACAGUGGGGGCGGUGGUAGUUACAGAGGAGGAUACGGCGGCGGCGGUGGCGGUGGUGGUUACAGAGGUGGAUACGGAGGCGGCGGUGGCUACAGAGGAGGAUAUGGAGGUGGCGGCUUCCGUGGCAGGGGAGGUGGCGGAUUCCGCGGACGAUACUAAUAUCUACAUUACUUUAUUUAUACUGUAGCUUUUUUUAAAGAAAUUUGUAACGAGAUACAAAAAAAUAUUACACUUCCUCAUUUGUUCACCUUGUUCUGACAUGAAUUUUGAAUUAGAUAACUGAUAACUCAAUAGGUAAAAUGAGCAAAAUUAUUAUCUGUACACCAUUGAAUAUUUACUUGUGACAAGUAUUAUUCGCGUGAUCAAAAAUAAUUUCUGUACAAAAUGUAUUAAUGUACCUACAUUCUUUGUAGUGUGACUAAGUCAAUAAAUAUAUAAAUCCUAGACUAAAA